AUUACAACAAAGUAGCACAAAAACAAAACUCUUCUAUCUCUUUUCAUACUCAACCUCGUUGGUUAAUCAUUGGUUUUUUUUUCCAUGCUUAUUAACUCACCUUACCCAACACUGUCUAACACUUUUUGAAAAACCAGCCAAACCAUGACACUGUAACACUAACUCACAGUCUUACUCCUGAAAUUUCAUCAACAAUGUUCAAAACAAUAUGCAUAUUGCUAAUUAUCUCUGUUCUAAGUUCAUUUUCACAACUUGGAACAGCAAUGCUGAACUUAACUCUUCCUGGAACACACCCUGACCCUGAUGCUGUUGCCCACGAAGUUCAUAGGAAGGUGAAUGCUUCAAUAGCAAGAAGGGAAAUGCUAUCUGGAUCUGCAUGCAUGACUGGUAACCCGAUUGACGAUUGUUGGAAAUGCGAUCCAGAAUGGCCCAACAAUCGUCAAAGGUUAGCUGAUUGUGCAAUCGGGUUUGGUCAGUAUGCUAAAGGAGGAAAAGGUGGUGAAUUUUACGUUGUAACAGAUUCAUCAGAUGAUGAUGCUGUUACCCCAAAACCAGGUACAUUAAGAUAUGGUGUGAUAAAAAAUGAACCAUUGUGGAUAGUGUUCCCUAGUAACAUGAUGAUUAAGCUGAAGCAAGAGCUUAUAUUUAAUAGUUAUAAGACUAUUGACGGACGUGGAGCUGAUGUUCACAUUGUGGGAGGAGGAUGCAUUACUUUGCAGUUUAUUAGUAAUGUUAUAAUACAUAACAUUCAUAUUCACCAUUGUCACCCCUCAGGGAACACAAAUGUGAGAUCAAGUCCUGAACACUUUGGCUACAGAACAAUGUCAGACGGAGAUGGAAUAUCCAUAUUCGGUUCAAAAGACAUAUGGGUCGACCAUUGCACACUCUCACAUUGCAAAGAUGGACUAAUAGACGCAGUAAUGGGAUCAACAGGAAUAACGAUAUCCAACAACUUCAUGUCACACCACAACGAAGUCAUGCUUCUUGGACACAGCGAUGACUACCUCCCAGACUCGGGAAUGCAAGUCACAAUCGCAUUCAACCAUUUUGGCGAGAAACUUGUACAAAGGAUGCCGCGAUGCAGAAGAGGAUACAUCCAUGUGGUCAACAAUGAUUUCACUGAGUGGGAAAUGUAUGCCAUUGGGGGGAGUGGUGAACCAACUAUUAACAGUCAAGGGAACCGUUACUUUGCGCCGAUUAAUCCUUUUGCUAAAGAGGUUACUAAGAGGGUUGAAACUGAGCAAAAUAAGUGGAAAGGGUGGAAUUGGAGGUCUGAGGGUGAUGUUAUGGUUAAUGGUGCAUUUUUUGUUACAUCUGGUGACACUCUAGAGGUUAAGUAUGAGAAGGCUUAUAGUGUUGAACCUCAGUCUGCUGAUCGGAUUGUUCUUCUUACCAUGAACUCUGGUGUUCUUGGUAAUGCAAGAGACAAUAACUUGGGAAUGUGGAGCAGAGGACCAAGCAGCAACAGUGACGGCGUUUUAGAUUCUGGCCCGGAUUACACAGAUGAUAUGUCAGGGAGUGCGCGAGUGUUGCCGUCUUCUUUUACUAUUGUGAUGUGCUUCUUGUUGUCUUAUAGAGUGCUACCAUUAACAAUUAUUCAAUGACGAUUCAGGAAUGUUGUUACCAAUGUAAUGGGACACUGUAUUUGUAUUUCUCUUGAUUGGAAUUGGAAUGAAAAGGGUCUACUCCUAUUUGAAAGUACUAUCAUUUUGCAAA